AGAAGAAGAAGAAGGUACGUCAUUUCCGCUGGCUAAGCUAGUUGGUGUUAGCAGCUAUGGCAGCGUUUUCAGAAAUGGGCGUUAUGCCUGAAAUCGCUCAGGCUGUGGAGGAGAUGGACUGGCUGCUCCCCACUGACAUUCAAGCAGAGUCUGUGCCCCUCAUUCUCGGUGGAGGAGAUGUCCUUAUGGCAGCUGAAACUGGUAGCGGUAAAACGGGCGCCUUCAGUAUCCCAGUGAUCCAGAUUGUGUAUGAGACCCUAAAGGACCAUCAGGAGGGAAAGAAGGGAAGAGCUGCUAUCAAAACCGGAGGAGCCAUUUUCAACACCUGGCAGAUGAAUCCUUAUGACCGCAGUCCAGCCUUUGCAAUCGGUCCAGAUGGCCUGUGCUGUCAGAGCAGGGAGUUUAAAGAAUGGCACGGGUGCCGCUCUACAAAAGGUGUUACUAAAGGGAAAUAUUACUACGAGGUGACCUGUCACGAUCAGGGUCUGUGUCGAGUGGGCUGGUCCACCAGUCAGGCAGCCCUUGACCUCGGAACUGAUAAGCAUGGUUUUGGUUUUGGUGGGACGGGAAAGAAAUCCAACAACAAGCAGUUCGACAGCUAUGGAGAGGAGUUCACCAUGCACGAUACUAUUGGAUGCUACCUGGAUCUAGAUAAGGCCCAAAUUUCCUUCUCCAAAAAUGGUAACGACCUGGGUUUGGCUUUUGAGAUUCCUCAGCAGCUGAAGAGUCAGCCCUUCUUUGCCUCCUGUGUGCUCAAGAAUGCAGAGCUGAAGUUUAACUUUGGAGGGGAAGACUUUAAAAAUCCCCCUAAAAGUGGGUUUAUUGCACUGGAUCAGGCGCCAGAUGCCAAUGCGGUCAAAUCCUCUCAGACAGGUUGCGCAAAAGUGAGCCAGGCGAAAGCAUCGUCCAAUGCGCCAAAAGCGCUGAUCAUCGAACCAUCGAAAGAGCUGGCUGAGCAAACCUUCAAUAAUGUCAAGCAAUUUAAGAAAUACGUGGACAACCCCAAACUCAGAGAACUGUUGGUAAUUGGUGGUGUAGCAGCCAAAGAGCAGCUGUCUGUUCUGGAACAGGGGGUGGACAUCGUAGUGGGAACGCCAGGCAGACUGGACGACCUCAUAUCUACUGGCAAACUCAGUCUAUCCCAAGUCCGCUUUCUGGUCUUGGAUGAGUGUGACGGCCUCCUGACUGCGGGUUACACUGACUUCAUCAACAGGAUCCAUAACCAAAUCCCUCAGGUUACCUCUGAUGGCAAGAGGCUGCAGGUGAUUGUGUGUUCAGCCACACUACAUUCGUUUGAUGUGAAGAAACUGUCGGAGCGCAUCAUGCACUUUCCCACUUGGGUGGACCUGAAGGGCGAGGACUCUGUUCCAGAGACCGUCCACCAUGUGGUUGUGCCCGUCAACCCCAAGGCCGACCGCCUCUGGGAACGCCUGGGCAAGAACCAUAUCCGAACUGACGAAGUCCAUGCCAAAGAUUACACCAAACCAGGAGCCAAUACACCAGAAAUGUGGUCUGAAGCCAUCAAGGUGCUGAAGGGCGAGUACACAGUGAGGGCCAUCAAAGAGCACAAAAUGGACCAGGCCAUAGUCUUCUGUCGCACCAAAAUCGACUGCGACAACAUGGAACAAUACUUUAUUCAGCAAGGUGGAGGUCCAGACCAUAAAGGCCACCAGUUUUCAUGUGUCUGUCUCCAUGGUGAUCGUAAGCCCAACGAGCGAAAAAAUAACUUGGAGCGCUUUAAGAGAAAAGAAGUGAGACUGUUGAUCUGCACUGACGUGGCUGCCAGAGGGAUUGACAUCCACGGUGUUCCUUACGUGAUUAAUGUGACACUACCUGAUGAGAAGCAGAACUACGUCCAUCGUAUCGGUAGAGUGGGAAGAGCAGAGAGAAUGGGGCUGGCUGUCUCUUUGGUUGCCAUGGAGAAAGAGAAGGUGUGGUACCACGUUUGCCCGAACCGAGGCAGAGGUUGCUACAAUACCCGGCUGAAGGAGGAUGGGGGUUGUACCAUCUGGUACAACGAAAAAGAGCUCCUUUCAGAAAUUGAGGAACAUCUCAAGUGCACCAUCACCCAGUGUGAGCCAGACCUCAAAAUACCUGUGGAUGAGUUUGAUGGGAAGGUGACUUACGGUCAGCGGAGGGCAUUAGGAGGUGGUAACUACAAAGGUCACGUAGAUGUGCUGGCCCCAACAGUCCAGGAGCUGGCUAAUCUGGAGAGAGAAGCCCAAAGCUCCUUCCUCCAUCUAGGAUACAUGCCAAACCAGCUUUUCCGGGCCUUUUGAACACACCCCAACAGGAAAAACACUGUUGCAGACACUAAAUCAAGAAGUAAUAUUCAGUAUUCACUUCAUGCUUAUUGAUGCCAUGACAAAAAUUUAUGCCAUAAACUGGACUAACAAUAUUUUACUGUGUGCCGAUGUACAGGAUUUCUAAAAUGAAUUGGGUAUGUAGUUUCUUAUAUGGAAUUCCAUUUGGCAGCAGGACAGCAUGUCUGCAUUCAGAGUGUCAUAUGUCAAAGACCUUUGUUGCAUGGUUAGCCACAGGUUUUGGGCAUAUUUGAGAUUGAAUAAUAAUAAUGAAAAAAAUUAAGGACUUUAGUUUUCUGGAUGAUGUGACAGAAUUAAAUACUUAAUUUUCUCUCUGCUGGAAAUGUGAAACAGUAGAUGUUUGGAUUUCCUGCUGGAAAUUAAAAAAAAACAAAAAAAACUUGUAGCCUGUAUGAGUCUAUAGUAAUACAUCAAGCAGUUUCAGUUUUUGAGUAUUGUCUUGAGUUUUCCUUAAUAAAUGUGCUGCAUUCAUGUUU